AUGGCAGCCAAUCGUCUGGGCAACAUCCAGGGCCACAUCUCUGGCGAAAACGGCAUCAGUCAAGCAGCUCUCGCGGUUUGGAGCGCCGUUCCUCAGGCUCCCGAAGAUGCCAUCUUCAAGCUGACUGCCUCCUACAAGGCCGACACCUACGACAAGAAGGUCAACCUCGGUGUUGGUGCAUACCGUGACAACAACGGCAAGCCUUACGUGCUCCCAUCCGUGAAAAAGGCUCAGGCAGAUCUCAUCGCAGAUGAGUCGGUCGACCACGAAUACCUCAACAUCACCGGUCUCCCCGAAUUCACCGCUGCUGCUGCCAAGCUCAUCCUCGGCGCCGACUCUCCCGCCAUCGCCGAGAAGCGCGUCGCCUCCGUCCAGACCAUCUCCGGUACCGGUGCCAACCAUCUCGGCGCCGUCUUCCUCCAGCGUUUCUACCAAUACCAGUCCUUCGGCGUCGACCGUCAGAUCUACAUUUCAAAUCCAACCUGGGCCAACCACAAGGCCAUUUUCAACUCGGUUGGCAUCAAGCCCGUCGACUACCCUUACUACGAUGCCAAGACGAUCGCGCUCGACUUUGCCGGUUUCACCAACGCGUUGAAACAGGCCAAGAACCAGAGUGUCUUCUUGUUACACGCCUGCGCACACAACCCUACGGGCGUCGACCCCACGCAGGAGCAGUGGAAGCAGAUCGCCGACAUCUUCGCGGAGAAGGGCCACUUUGCCUUUUUCGAUUGCGCAUACCAGGGCUUUGCCUCGGGCGACUUGGACAGAGAUGCUUGGGCGGUACGUCACUUUGUGUCGCGCAAGAGCAUCCCCUUGCUCAUUUGCCAGAGUUUCGCCAAGAACGCCGGUCUGUACGGCGAGCGUGUCGGAGCGCUCCACGUCGUAAGCGCCACGCCCGAGCAGAACGCCGCCGUGUUCUCGCAGCUCGCAGCGAUUCAGCGAUCCGAGAUCUCGAACCCGCCAGCGUUCGGUGCGCGCGUCGUCAAGAUGAUUCUGACUCAGCCUGACCUGUUCCAGCAGUGGCAGAGGGACGUCCAGGAGAUGGCGGGCCGCAUCAUCACCAUGCGCCAGAGCCUGUUCGAUCUCUUGACAAAGAAGUUCAACACACCGGGCAACUGGGACCACAUCCUCAAACAGAUUGGCAUGUUUACCUUCCUCGGCCUCAACACCAACCAGUGCAAACGCUUGCUCGAAGAGGGUCACAUCUACCUCACCGCCAACUCGCGCAUUUCCAUGGCUGGUCUGACGACCCACAACGUUGAGUACGUCGCCUCGUGGAUCGACAAGGUGGUGCGCGAGAACAAGUGA